CUUUAGGAAACCUCACCACAUUAAUUGACUUUCGUGCUUUUAGUAAUCAAUUGUCAGGCUCUUUGCCCCAAGAAUUGGGUAAUCACACCAACUUGGUUGACCUAGAAAUGUUUGAUAACAAUUUAUCUGGUUACUUACCUUCACAAGUUUGUAAAGGAGGUGCGCUUCAACGUCUUAUUGUAGCAAACAACUAUUUUAAGGGCACCAUUCCAUCAAGUUUGAAAAAUUGCUCCAGCUUAUUUAGAGUUCGCCUUGAAGGAAACAAGCUUAACGGAAAUAUCUCUGAAGACUUUGGAAUAUAUCCAAAUUUGGACUACAUUGAUAUGAGCUACAACCAAUUAUAUGGUCAAAUCUCUCCAAAUUGGGCAUAUUGUCCGAAUUUGACAAAAUUUAGGAUUUCAGGAAAUCUACUUACUGGGAAGAUACCCUCCGAAUUGGGAAAGUUGCUUCAACUAAGAUUUUUGGACCUUUUUUCAAAUCAACUUACAGGAGAUAUACCAAAAGAGUUAGGUACUAUGAGCUUAUUGUUCAACUUGACCUUGAGUGAUAACAAAAUAUCUGGAGUAAUUCCCUUGGAGUUUGGAAAUUUGUCCAAUCUGGAAAUUCUUGAUUUAUCUAACAAUGACAUCAGUGGCCCAAUACCACCACAAUUAAAGGGUUGCAUUAAACUGCGCAUGUUGAAUUUGAGAAAAAAUAAAUUUGAUGGAAUAAUUCCAUCUCAAAUUGGAGAGUUUAAAAGAUUGCAGGAUUUACUUGACUUGAGCCAUAAUUUAUUUGGAGGAGAGAUACCACCACAAUUAGCAAGUUUGACAUAUUUAACGUCUCUAAACUUGUCCCACAAUAAUCUAUCAGGUGCCAUUCCUUCAUCUUUUGGAAGCAUGUUGGAUUUGACAUCAAUAGAUGUAUCAUACAACAAUUUGGAGGGUCCAAUUCCUAUAAGCAAAUUGUUUCAAAAUUCUCAAGCAGAGUGGUUUAUCUAUAACAAGGGUUUAUGUGGUGAAGUUCCAAGUUUGCCUUCUUGUGAAUCAAUCAGCAUAAGCACUCAUCAUUCAAUUGAAAACCACAUCAUAUUCUUUCUUAUCAUUCCUAUAUUGGGCGGCUGGAUUCUUUUAGGUUUGUCUACUAUGAUCAUUGCUGCUUUUUGUAGGAGAGGAAAACCUACAGAGCAAAAAGAUAAUGAUCUUAUUAUUGGCGAUUUGUUUUCGAUAUUGAAUUUUGAUGGAAGAGUUGCUUAUAACUACAUCAUCAAUGCCACCAAAAAUUUUGAUGAGAAAUAUUGCAUCGGAAGCGGAACAUAUGGCAAAGUUUAUAAAGUAGAAUUUCCAAUGGAACAAGUGGUAGCUGUUAAAAAACUUCAUCCAGUGGAAGGAGUAUUUGAUGAGAAAAGUUUCCAAAGUGAGAUUCAAGUAUUAACUAGAAUUCGACAUCGUAACAUUGUAAAACUUCAUGGGUUUUGCUCUAGUUCAGGUUUUAAACUCCUUAUAUAUGAGUACAUUGAGAAGAGAAGUUUAGCCAGCAUCCUUCGUAGUCAAGAAGCAGUAGAGGAAUUGAAUUGGGAAAGAAGAGCUCAUAUUAUCAAAAAUGUGGCCGAUGCUUUAUCUUACAUACACCAUGAUUGCGAUCCAUCCAUAGUGCAUCGAGACAUUUCCAGCAAUAAUAUAUUAUUAGACUUUGAUUUCAAGGCUUAUCUUUCAGACUUUGGCACUGCAAGAGUUGUGCAACCUAACUUAUCAAAUUGCAGCAUGCCAGCAGGCACAUUUGGAUAUGCUGCCCCAGAACUUUCGUACAUGAUAAGGGUGAAUGAGAAAUGUGAUGUAUACAGCUUUGGCGUGGUAAUAUUAGAAGUAAUCAUGGGAAGGCAUCCCGGUGAUCUUAUCUCCUCUCUAUCAUCAUCAAGCGUCCAACAUAUGUUAUUCAGUGAGGUGUUAGAUCAGCGUAUCUUACCUCCUACAGCUUAUAUGGUAAAAGAAGUGUUGUUACUAGCUAUUAUAGCAUUUUCAUGCAUCCAUGAUAUACCACAAGCACGACCAACCAUGCAAAGGAUAUCUCAGUUACUCAUAAGUGGCAACAUUCCAACUAUUCACGAGCCGUUCAAUUCAAUUAAAUUAUGUCAAUUAGUGGAGUUUUUAACAUAGAUGUACUGCAUAAUUAAAAGCUACAAAAAUGUUAUGAAGUUCUUUCAUGUUUUCUUUUUUUUUUUUUUUUGAGAAGUCAGAGGAAGUAAGAUGCUUCCCCUGUAUAUGUUGCACGGUAUAAGUACUUAUAACUCUUUUCUACUUUUACCUUCUCAAAAUGCCACUCUAUUGAUCUCAUUCAUUAUUCUUUAUAACAAACUUGAGAGAAGUGUCUCACUUCCUUCAUUUUCCCAAAAAAA